UCGGAAAAUAUAACUAGAUAAAAUCAAGUUUCUUGUAAACUUUCUCGUGAACCUUUUGAUGAAAAUACUCCCAAGUGCUGACAAGUGAGGAGAGAAUAAUUAAAGAAAAUGCGCCUAAAUGAUUCUGUAGGGCACUAUGAAAAGUGGUUACAAUGUAUGAUCAACGAGGCUGUGACUAAUUCUCACAUUUUAGUUUGUUAACAAACAUUUUAGUAGUUAAGAUCACUCAACGUGAUCGUUGACAAAGAACUGCUUACCAAAAAGAAGAAAAUAAAACACACAAAAAAAUUACUUACAUCUGAUUUGGAAUUCUUUUAAUUUAAUUAAACGAAUCAUACGAACACUUAAUUUGAUUCAAGGUUUUAUUGGUGAAACCAAAACCAAGCAUACACUGCUUAAUUGUGUUUGCAUGAUUCUAAACAACAUUUGCUUUUCAAAUCUUUUAAGUAAACUGCAUUAGUUCAAUGGCCUUAUAUAUUUUUGUAUAUGUGAAGAAGUUCUAUAUGUAAUAGCUUAAAAUGCAUGUUCUCUUUGUCUUUGGUAAAAUAAGGUUUAAAGAAGUGAAGAAGGCUUGUUGUUGGAGUGGACCGUUAAGGGAAGCAGUUCGUAUGGAUAUAGAUCAGGAACGUUCCUUGAUUGAAACUUUUAACUAAAGCGUGGUUGCUCACCACAAAGAGAAAACAACUGACGAAAAUGAAAAGAUUUACGCCGACAAAAUAAAGAUUUUUUUGGGGUCAAAAUAACGAUUUACAUUUGAUUUUGUAUUCUUUUGAUUUGAUUAAACUAAUCAGUUCACAUGAUACAGUUAGUUUUCCAUUGACCAGCAGUCCCGUGAAAGACAAGAAACUGAUAUAUAGCUUUUACAUUCAAUUGUUUCAAGCAUAUUUUUAUCCAAAGUUUGACUGACCAAUACAAAUGUAUUAUAUUUUAUAUAGUUCCCUCUCAUUUUAUAAUCACAUUUAGACUAUUCAAAGAGGACAUUUUGUAAUUUAAGUUUGGAAAAUCAAAAACGAAACUGUCCAGAAACGUCCAGCAUCAUUUCUCUUCAUUUUGUUUCUAGCUGGCUUUUGACUCACUAUCACCUAUAUAAACACAGUUACACAGGCGUUGUUCUGCUUAUAUAUCACACAACGAUUUUAUACAAAAAGAACUAGCUUAAAAUAUAGACUUCAUAUGGCAAACAAUGAGCGAUUUUAUUCGAUAUUAUUACUCUUUUCGACUAUAGUUUCAUCGAUCAAUUUAAUAAGCAGCGAGAAAAGUCUGCCAACGAACCAGGCAGCAUUGUUCGUGUUCGGAGACUCCGUGUUCGACGUUGGCAAUAACAAUUACAUCAACACACACCGAGCUGCUCAGGCUAAUGUUUGGCCGUAUGGCCAAACCACGUUCAAGUUUCCGACCGGGAGAAAUUCUGACGGCCGUUUGAUUCCAGAUUUUAUCGCGGAAUACGCUUGGCUACCAUUGAUACCGCCUUAUCUACAACCUGGAAAUGGCGUCAAUCAGUUUACUUACGGCGUUAAUUUCGCUUCUGCCGGCGCCGGAGCUUUGGUCGAAACAUAUCAACCACAGAAUGUGAUACCGUUGGGAAGCCAGUUAAACAACUUCAAAAAUGUGGAGAAAAUGUUGAAAGAUAAACUAGGAGGAGAUGCAGAGACCAAGAGGAUAAUCUCAAGAGCUGUUUAUCUCAUUCAAAUUGGUCCUAACGACUAUUUUUAUCCUUUCUCCAUUAACGCCUCCCAUUUUGAAUCCAAUAGCAAAGACAAAUUCGUGGAUUAUGUUAUCGGUAACACCACGACUGUGAUCGAGGGAAUUUAUAAACUGGGAGGAAGGAAGUUUGGGCUCAUGAACAUGGGUCGACUUGACUGUGUUCCGGGAUUGCUAACAAUGGAUCCAAAUAGAGUAGGAUCAUGUUUUGAACCCAUCACUGAGUUGAUAAAACUUCACAACAUAAGGAUUCCAAAUGUCUUGAGAGAUUUACAGCGUCGAUUACCUGGUUUCAAGUACUCGCUCUUCGACUCCUACACUGCUGGAACCGAAGCUAUGGAGAAUCCCCAAAAAUAUGGGUUUAAGGAAGUGAAGAAGGCUUGUUGUGGAAGUGGACCGUUCAGGGGAAGCAGUACGUGUGGGUACCGAGCAGGAACGUCACGUGAUUUCGAGUUAUGCGAGAAUGUUAGUAACUACAUGUUCUUUGAUGGCUCACACACGUCUGAGAAGGCUAAUCAACAGACCGCUGAGUUGAUGUGGGACGGUCCGUCCGAUCUUGUUGGACCCUAUACUCUCAAGACCUUGUUUCAAAACUUCUAAAUUAGUUGAAAGAUUGAUCGAUGAAUCCAGAACAUGUGUGUUAUGAACGACAAUAAAUUUGAUGGUUGUAUACUCAAACUCAAAUGAAUAAAUAUUAUAAUAUAUACUCAAA